GCGACAGCUCAGCCCAGACAAUAGGUAGUUAGACUCAGCCCCAAUCGCAAUCAUGUCGACUGAAAAGCCUCUUCCUUUCGUUUACCAGUUCGCUGCUGGUGCGAUCGCCGGUGUGUCUGAAGUACGUUAUUUCUGCUGUAUAUCCAGGACCAUAGAGCUAAAUUAUGUGCCAUUGCAAUAGAUUCUUAUUAUGUACCCGUUGGAUGUCGUAAAGACUAGAGUACAACUGCAAACCAGCUCUGCGGGGCCAGAUGGCUACAAUGGCAUGGUGGAUUGCUUUAGAAAGAUCAUUAAGAACGAAGGUGUCUCACGACUAUACCGCGGAAUCGAAGCCCCAAUUCUGAUGGAAGCUCCUAAACGUGCCACUAAAUUUGCAGCCAACGAAUCUUGGGGAAAGUUUUACCGUGAUAUAUUCGGUGUCGCCAAAAUGAACCAAUCCCUCUCCAUUCUCACCGGAGCUACCGCCGGAGCUACCGAGUCUUUCGUAGUCGUCCCCUUUGAACUCGUCAAGAUCCGUCUGCAAGACCGCGCCUCUGCCGGAAAAUAUAGCGGAAUGGUUGAUUGCGUUAGCAAGAUUGUAAAGGCCGAAGGUCCACUAGCUCUCUACAACGGACUGGAAAGUACAAUGUGGAGACAUGUCUUAUGGAACGCCGGAUACUUUGGAUGUAUCUUUCAAGUCAAGGCAUUGAUGCCCAAGCCCGAAAACAAGAAGCAAGAAAUGAUGGUCAACAUGAUUUCCGGAGCAAUCGGUGGUACCACCGGUACAAUCCUCAACACCCCAAUGGAUGUCGUCAAAUCGCGUAUUCAAAAUAGUCCCAAGGUUGCCGGAUUAGCACCAAAAUACAACUGGGCAUGGCCAGCUCUCGGUACAGUGAUGAAGGAGGAAGGUUUCGCAGCACUAUACAAGGGAUUCUUACCUAAGGUCCUCAGAUUGGGACCUGGUGGAGGUAUUUUACUCGUCGUAUUCACCGGAGUAACAGACUUUUUCAGAAAGAUGCGCGCAGAGAAGGGACUAUAGAUUUGUUCACCCGGUUGUGAAGGUGGGAUUGAUAAUGAAAAAAUGAGUGGGUCAUUUCAUCCUUGUAUAUCUAUGUCAUUUGAAUAGAAGCACAGGAAAGAUUUAGAGGGCAUUAGAAACAAUUUAAAAUUCAAGAGAUAUCAUUCA